CGAUCACACCAGAACAACCACAGCCGAGACACAGGACCACACAAGGAUUGAAAAAAUUGGCGGGCAGAGGAGCGAAAUCGUUUGUUCACCAUGGCGAAGAAGAAGGUMCUUUUGAUGGGCAAAGCCCACAGUGGUAAAACUUCCAUGCGAAGGUGAGUUUCCUGAUCCUGCUCCAAYUCCUCGCCCCGUGUGUCUUUGCUGCGUYCGGUUGGAUCGKACAGCAGGAAGAAGAAAUCCCGGCUCUGGGCUUGCUACCAAUGCUCACCUUKCCGUAUCCGUUCCUUCUCUCUUGCGACCGAAGUAUUAUCUUUGCCAAUUACUUGGCACGCGACACAACUCGUUUGUCCCCCACCCUCGACGUAGAACACCACCACGUGAGGUUCCUCGGCGACCUCGUGCUGAACCUCUGGGAUUGCGGUGGACAGGACGCCUUUUACGAGUCGUACUUUGAACGGGAUCGAGAAACGAUAUUUCGCGGCGUGGAACUGCUGAUCUAUGUGUUCGACAUCGAGUCGGAAACCCCCGAGAAGGAUUUUGAUCAUUUCUGCGGCGUCCUGGAGGCGAUCGAGGAAAAUUCCCCCGAUGCACGCAUUUUCUUGCUGAUCCACAAGAUGGAUCUCGUGGCGGAAGAGGACCGAGAGGCGAUCCUGGAAGACAGAAAACAGCUGAUCGAAGAAUCGUGCCUCUCGUGCGGAGUGGAAAAUUUCCAGUGCUUCGGAACCUCCAUCUGGGACGAGACGCUCUACAAGGCGUGGUCGGAAAUCGUGACCAACCUCAUCCCGAACAUCCGGUUGCUGGAGGCCCACCUGAACAAGUUUUGUGGGAUUUGCGACGCCGACGAGGUCGUCCUCUUUGAGCGGGCCACCUUCUUGGUGAUUUCCCAGGCCCAGGCGGGAAGCGGGCCGGACGACGGCCUGCUCGAGGACGGCCCCGGCGCAACCCCGUCGUCGUCGCUGAUGGACCAUCCCGGUGACACCAAUGGGUCCCACGACAACACCGGCAUGAGUCCCUCCCACCCGAACGGAGAAGACGCGGGUGGCGAAACGGGGGUACCGAACUCGGUGGACGCCAUGACGGCGGCCGGCUCGUCCGGGGGGUUGCCGAACCCGGGUCUGGGGUAUCCGCCGAGCGAAAUACCUGCCGAUCUGGACUCUGCGGCGAUCACGCCCAACCCGAUGCAGCGGCAUCUUUCCAGGACACCCCACUUCGAUGCGCACCGGUUCGAAAAAAUAUCGAACAUCAUCAAACAAUUCAAGCUAAGCUGUGGCAAGGCACAAUCGCAGUUUCAAGGAAUGCAGGUGCAGAAUUCUCGAUUUACGGCCUACAUAGACCAGUUCACGGUCAACACAUAUAUCAUGGUAAGCAAACAAAAGCGGUGGGGGGGUUUCCUACCCUCUCGAUCUACUAUCGGGUGCUUCUUCUAUCCUUAAAUCUCGAUUUGCUUUUCGAUCCAUCGCUCAACAUUCUUCGUGUUUGCUUUUCUGUUUUAUCGCCUCUAGGUCAUCGUCAGUAACCCAAGCGUACACACGGCAGCUACACUUUGGAAUAUACAAAACGCACGCAAUGAUUUUGAACGUUUCAUUCCACGAGUCUAAUAGUGUAGUCUGUUGAAUAGUAAAUUCUGUCUGAUAUAAUUUAAACCUAUGUCUACCACGUAUAAAUAAGAGAGCUGAAC